CAUGUUCAAAGAUAGCGGAAUCUUUUCACAACAGAUUCGCUCUGGCCGGCAUGUAUAUAAGCUGAGCGAAAAGCAGUCAAGUUAUGUCUGGAGCAACAGUCUAGUAUCGAUCAAAGUUUCUAGUUCACAACUUAUUUAUUCUUCCAAUCCAAGUUAAUUAUUCGUAUCAGCGACUAACUUCCUCCCCAGUGUCAAGAUGAAUCAAAACGAUACGGACGAUAAAAUCGCCCAUGUCGAGUCGGAUCUCGUGGAUAUUACCAAAAUCCUUACCAACUUCGAGGAGUCUAGGAUUAUGGAAGAACAGUCUACCAGGGAUAGUUUGGACGUUGUGGGAGCUAACGUCGACUCGAUGAAGAAAGAGGUUUUAGAGCGCUUAGACAAGAUGCAUGAUCCCAGGGAAGGGACUGUCAGUGGCGAUUUCGAAAUUCUACGCGGUAGAUUCGACAUGAUAGAAGGCCUAGUAAGACAGCUUCUUCCACCAUCGCACGGCAGCCCGCCAAGGAGCGCUCCCUCUCCCGCAAACGUGGAUCACACGGCAAGAAGCGCUGAACUGAAGACCCUCAAAGCCGAAUUAAAGAAGGCACAGAAAGAUAGAGAUGAGUGGGAAGGCCUUUACCAAGACUCUGAAGAACGCCGAAAACACCUAAAGGUGAAACUCGAAGACCAGAGAAACAGGGGUCGAGUCAUGUUUGAAACCCUGUCGGCGAUGAAAGGAAAUAUUCGGGUCAUGUGCCGCAUUCGACCUGCUCCUCAUGGUACUCCUCAAGAAGAGCUUGCCGAUUUCGGAAAGCCGAUAAAGAGCGACUUGACACACCAUUGGGGGACUUUGCGCAUCCCAACAGAGCGAAUCGACGUCACGGGUGCCCGAGUAAUCGAAGACAAGCAAUUCGAGUUUGAGCGCGUCUUCGGGCAGAGGGAUUCGAACAACGACGUUUUCAACGAAAUCAGUGACCUCAUAGAGCACGCGAUGUCCGGCCAGAAGGUUGGACUCUUUGCCUACGGACAAACUGGAUCGGGUAAGACGUACACCCUCAGCCACAAGCAUCCCCAGAACGAACUAGAGGAUGGUAUUGUUCCUCGAACCAUAGCUCGCAUGUUCGAUAUCAUGAAUACUACGUCAGACGAAUUUAAGUAUGAUCUUCGUAUGUCCGCUAUAGAGAUCUACGCUGAUCGUAUUUUCGAUCUCAUGCGAGAACCUCUUCCCUACGGUCCUAAAUCCGAGAUCCGUCUAGAUGAGGCGCUAUUUGUGCCAUUCUCACAGCAGGCUAUAGCAGAGAGUAUGUUUGAGAAGGUACUUGCCCUAAGGGCAACUAGCUCUACAGCCAUGAACGAGACCUCAUCUCGCUCACACCUGAUCGUCUCGUUUAAAAUCACUCGGGUGAGAGUCAAGGGAGGAGAAAAAGAAGAGGGACUGUUCAAUAUAGUGGAUCUGGCCGGUUCGGAAAGAUCUGCUGCUGAUGGCUUAGAGGGUCAGCGACUUAGGGAGGGAAUUGAAAUCAACCAAUCCCUUCUUUCUCUGAACUCUGCCAUCACGGCCAUGGCGCAUGGGAGAGUCGCUGCUUACGACACAGCGCUUACACGCGCGCUGCGACCAGUGCUCUCAAGUGACUGCAAGACCAUGAUGUUCGUCAUGGUCAGCCCCUUCAGGGAGGACUUUAUUACCACAAUGCAAACUCUCCAGAAAGGGCAGGAAGCUACCAACGCGAAGCUGGCUUCCACGAAGAGAACCAGCAGGACUGGACCGCGACCGACCUCUAUGCAUGGCGGGUCCAAACCGUCGGCAUCCAAGAUGCCUCCACCCGCCAGCAAGCUUCCAAGAGGCGGUAGUGGAAGAGGUGCUGGUGGAAGCGGUGGCAGCGUCCUUGGCUCUUCGCGGGGUCGACCAUCGUCAUUCAGGGGAGGUCGAGAUGAACCUGGAUCUUCGCGAUGAUAGUCACUUUCGUAGUCAUGUUCGUGACAGGAACGAAAUAGUGGGACGAAAGAGAGUAGGUAGCUAGAAAAGAGAUAGAAUCUCCGGGCCUUGAGUUCCAAGGUUUUCAAGUACUUUCUUGGCCUACUUGGUCGGUACUAUUGUUACCAGAUGUAUUAUUACAUAUUGUAAAAAGGGGAAAAAAAGAAGAAAAGAGAGAAAACUAAGAAGAAAGAUUUAUGUUUUAGUUAGGUAGUUUAAUAGUUUAAAAUGUUUUUUGUUUCCUCGCAUAAACAAUUUCCGUGCCUAUCUAUG